GAUGUUUAGUGCACAUAUUGCAAGAUUUCUGGUAAGAGCCAUCUCGGCAUCGUGGACUGAAGGCAGGGCAGGUCAGCCACGGUGCAAACAAGGGCAAACAGGAAGUAAGUGGCUGUCGCUAGAGACGGAACCAGCUCGCCGUCUUGUUCGACGUCUUGGACGACCUUCCGUUCCCUCUCUUUCGGUGCUGAAAACAAUCUUUUACUACGUUGGCCGGCCGACGAAGCACCGCUGAACACACUCUUUUCGACAUGUCUCAUGCGACGACUUACCCACAACUGCCCCCCGCUGCCUAUCCUCAUACCCCACGAUCACCGCAUUUUGACGACGAGGACACAAAGGUUCCUUACGACGACCUCAUCGACCAAUAUGCAACUCCCUACCGACAGAACUCUCAGCACAAAGCCUACACCGUCAACCCUUCUGCCUUUAACGCGUCAGGCGCUGUCCCAUCAUAUCCGCUAACUCACAAGAAGACAAACCUGAGUGACGCUACAAGUAAAGACCUCGAGGGAGGGACGUCGGAGGGCUUAGACUGGGGAUAUCCUCCUAGUCCACCAAAGAAAGACAAGGAGGAGCGAAGUUGUUGGCCUAACGUUAUCCCUGACUCUAUUGCCUGUCGAUUAUAUGUCCUGGUCGUACUCAUAGAGACUGCCAUCGACUUGGCUAUUGAAGCAGACCUAUUCGUUCGCUUUCAAGACUUCGAGAACCCGGAUUUUGCCGCCCAUAGCAAGAUGCCCGUCUACCUUGCAAUAUUCGCGCUCGCCCACGUAUUCCAGUUUGCCAUGGCACUCGAUGCCGUGUAUGCCCGGAAUACUCUCCAAUUUAUCGCACUAACUCUUUUCAAUGCCAUCUUCUUGGUUUACGCCGUAAUUCAGAUUGGUGAAAUCAACGGCCUCAUCCCUGCCCAAACACCCGGAUUCUCUCAUAUACCCAUCGACGUACUCACCAAAAUUAUACCUUGUGUUAUUGCAGUCGCUGAAGUGGCAUACAUCGCGCUGGGAUGGAAGAUCUAUACAGAGUUCGGAUGGAAAGUGUACAAGUUCCUUGGUGCCGAUCGACGCAUCAAGACGAUGUAUGCGCAUUACCAAAUCUUCCUCUGCUUGGUCAAGUUCGACCUCUUCUUCUGGGUUACCUUCUCUAUCCAGUUCAUCUUCCUGGUCCUCAACAAAAACGAUGCGGAAUAUUAUCUCACAUGUGCCGCUCUUCCUUUGUCUAUUGUCGUGCUAGUUGAGGGUCACCUCGCGGCUCGAUACGAGAACAAGUGGAUGAUGUUAACAUUCAUGGGUGGUUGUGCUGCUGCCAUGGUCUACUUCUCUUACAAGGUACUCGUGAAGGUUUUGAGGUUCCGGAAUACCACCACAUUCAUUCUCGUAUGGAAGACAAUGACCAACUUUUCCGUUCUUGCCAUCGUGUUACUGAUAUUGACAGUCGUAUUUGCUUGGCUGGUGAUGCUGAACUUCGGCCGCGGGCUAAAGAAACAGAUUGCAGGGAACAAGGGCGGAUUGCAGCGUGGAAAGUCACAAUAUGUACACCGAGGUCCCAUGGCGACACAUCCAAAUCGGAUGAGCAUUGACUAGUUUAGCUGCAUCUGCAAACAAUGCGCAAGGCACCAGCGCAAUGGACUUGUACUCAUGAAUCUGUAUUAUUGUUCCCAUCAUCACACGUUACACUGUUGCAUCUCCCCUCUACCACCAUUGGACAGUUCGCACCCUUCCUCUUGUGUUAACUUCCCACCUUCAUGUUCCAUUGUCCAUGUCGUAGUUCGCCUUCUUCCCCUUCAUCCGCAUGCAACUUAUCCUUCCAUUCCGCGCGUCGGUUGUUGCUCGACUUACCAUACAUUCAUUUGCUUGAUGUCUUAACCAGGUUGACCGGUUUUCUCUGGCUCACAUCUCGGCAGUUCGUAUUCCUUCCUCAUGUUUCGAUUUAUCACAAGUUGCUUGCUUGUCGCGUAACAUAUUCAUAUUUUUUGGUCCUCUUCUUGCAAAUCCCUCUCUUCUCGCCUGGAGUGACUUCUCUUCUGCCCUGGAAUGUAUUCUUAGAUCUUACCGUAAUGCAGCCCUGGCGGGAACCCGUUUUCCUCUC